CAGUGUGGAACCCACCCUCCCCCAUCAUUCUCUUAACGCCAGGUACCCUGGACUCUGGCAACAUCAUGGGGGCCACCCUGAGCUGAAGCAGGGUUUUGGGCCCCUGUUGGAGCUGCCAUUGUCACUGCUGUAUCAGGUCUGGUGGCGAUAACACCGGGUUGGGGUAGCCUUCGGUGAGUGGACCAGGACUGUUGAGCCGCCUGCCAUCUGAGUCCAGCUCUGAGCCAGGGUGGCGGGGGCUCUGCUUCGGCUGCCUGCAUGGAUGCCUGGAGCUGGGCUUCCAGGGAGCGGAUCAUGUUGCUGGCCUUUGCCUCUCUGCUCAGCUGCCUGCUCACCACCUGCCAGGCCAAGGUCUACAGUCGCUGCGAGCUGGCCAGAGUGCUGCAGGAUUUUGGCCUGGGGGGAUACCGGGGAUACAGCCUGGCUGACUGGGUCUGCCUUGCUUACUUCGCGAGUGGCUUCAACACAGCUGCCGUGGACCAUGAGGCAGAUGGGAGCACCAACAACGGCCUCUUUCAGAUCAACAGCAGGAAGUGGUGCAAAAAUCUCAAUCCCCAGGUUCCCAACCUGUGCCAGAUGUACUGCACUGAUUUGUUGAAUCCUAACCUCAGGGAUACUAUUAUCUGUGCCAUGAAGGUAGUUCAAGAGCCUUUGGGUCUGGGCAGCUGGGAGACUUGGCGGCGUCACUGCCAGGGCAAGGACCUCAGCGACUGGGUGGAUGGCUGUGACAUUUAGGAUCCUCUCUGAAUGAAUCAGGCCAAGCAGACUGAGAGAUGUGAUUUGUUCCUGAAUCUGGGCUUGAGAAGACAAGCCCACUAAUAAAGUAUAGUUUCACAUAA